CAGCAACAACAACAGCAACAAGAAGAACAACAAGAAGAAGAAGAAGAGGAAGAGGAAGAAGGAGAGAAGCGUCGAAGUCGAGAGUCGCAGGGAGGCGUUUUUGGUGAGCGUCGGCGGGAGAAAAGGCAGCAGAAGCGAAAAAAAAAAGGUUGGAGCGUUUCAGCCGGCGCGACAAAAAGAUACCUCGGCUCGCAUAGCAGUUUAGGAAGGAAGAAAGGAAGAAAAGAAGAAAAGAAGGACGACGAUGUGGACGACAAGGACGAGAGAGCAAGACAGCGAAGACAGACAGACGGGGAUGGUGGUCGAGAGGGCCGCCGCAGGACUCGGCUCGAGGAUGGGGUGGCUGUCUCUGGAACCUGCCCCCCCCUCUCCCCCCCUAAACAGAGGACAGCGAGCAAAGUGCAGAGAGCAGAGUGCAGACCCGGUCACCCCGUCAGGCCAGCAGAGGACGGGCACCAGGACACCAAACAGACGAGAAACAAGAGGGCCAGAGGCAAGAGGCAGCCAGACGAGUGA